CAAAGUGCACACACCUCUACAAAAUUAUCAUGCUCGUGUCAUGUCCACCAGAUUCGUGUCUAAGUACGCGGUCAUCCUGCAGUCACCAUCCCCUCGAGUGCUUCGACAAUCCCUUCCCCAUCCCCUAACGCUUCGCUCCCACCAUCACAACCCGCUCACCCCAACUUUCCACCUCCAUCCCCUUCCACCCGCUCUAAAGCCGCUGUUGCGACCUCGUAUUUCAUCCGCGCGCCAAAGUAGCCGACCCACAUGCAGUAUCGUUAUGGUAAUGCCAAGCUCCUUCCUUUUCGCGGAAGGCGGUGUUAAGCUUUCUGGGCCCACAGACUUGCUGUAUCCCUGUCCUAACCCCGGUUCUCCCAGCCUUCUGGAUUGCGAUCCAGUUGCGUGCAUGAACACUCUCAAGAGUCGCGACUUGGUAUUAUAUCCACAGUUUGUGAGUGGAGUCAGGAUGGGUAAGGGACGCCCUGCAUGUGAAGAUACGACUUCUGGAGGCAGAGACAACCACUCCCUGCACGACGAUGCGUAUCACUCCACUGCACGAUUCUUAGCACAACAUUCUGACCUGCAUCUCGAAGCACCUUCUUUCCAUUCAGACCAAUCAAACAAAUGUUGGCAGAUAACAGGCCUUCGCUUGCGCGGCUGUGCCGCAUAAGCUUAUUUGAUGUGCUGGGCGGCAGUUGUGAAUGACUCUUGUACCGCGGCAUCAGCACGCGGACAAUGCGGUGAGAGUGU